AUGAUGACUUCCUCCACAGGCAGAGAGUCCUCCGGGACGCACAUGACGGAGGCGCCCGCCUUCUCCAAGAAGAUUGUCGUCGUCGGUGAUGGAGGAUGCGGAAAGACCUGCCUGCUGAUUAGCUACAGCCAAGGCUACUUCCCAGAGCUGCUGCAGAAAUACGUCCCGACGGUGUUUGAGAACUACAUCACAUACCCUACACACCCUCCCACCGGUAAGACCGUGGAGCUUGCUCUAUGGGAUACUGCCGGCCAAGAGGAGUACGAUCGGCUGCGACCUCUCUCGUACCCUGAGACCGACCUGAUAUUCGUGUGCUUCGCUAUCGACUGCCCCAACUCAUUAGAGAAUGUCAUGGACAAGUGGUACCCCGAGGUCCUUCACUUCUGCCCCUAUACACCUCUCAUCCUCGUCGGCCUCAAGUCUGACCUUCGAUACAAGAAGACUUGCAUCGAUAUGCUCAAGACCCAGGGCCUCACCCCCGUCACCACAGAACAAGGCCUUGCCGUCGCCCAAAAGAUGGGCGCCCAGUACAUGGAGUGCAGCAGCAAAGAGAUGAAGGGCGUGGACGAGAUCUUUGAGCGAGCCAUCCUCACAGUCGUCGCUAAUGACCGAAGGAACCAGGAGGCGCAAGCUCAGGCCAUGGGCGGCGGCGGCGGCGGUGGUGGUGGUGCAAACGACAAUGGCGGCAACAUUCCCGGCAUGGGUCGUCCUAAGAAGAAGAGAAAGUGCAACUUCUUAUGA